AUGAAUAGUAGUAGUGAUAGAAGGAUUCUUGAUUUAAAAACUAGUAUUAUCGAUACAAACAUUCCUUAUAUAGACAAUCCUCCGAAAAAUAAUCCUAAUCUUAAAAAUAUUACUUUGAAUAUAAACCGUGAUACUUACGAUACUUACACUCCUCCAAGACCUCCCGCCCGUUCCAUAACCACUAGUAACUAUAGUACCGCUUCUUUCAUGCAACGUGGUAAUUAUGAUAAUGUUCACCAACGUUGUGGUGACUUUGUAAUAGAUAUAGAACCCUAUCACCCUGUUACCUCCUCCAGUGGUGUUUCUUCUUAUAGUACCGGUGGUGCUACCACUAUGUCCACUAAUUUGUCCUCUCAACCUUCAACUACUUUAUUUACCACCACAAAUACAAAUUCUACUACAUUCGAUGGUAAUUUGAACAAAAAAUUACGUGAACUUGAAUCUCAUAAUCGGUAUCAAUCAGAUCAAUUAAAAUCAAUCCUUUGGGAACGAGAUGAUUUAAAGCAUAGAAAUCAUGGAUUGGAAGCUAAAAUUAAAGUCUUACAAGAUCAGAUUAAUCAAUCUGGUCAAUAUCUUGAAGAAUGUGAAUCUUUAAAAAAUCAAAACGAAAAUUUACAUAAUGGAAUUCGUCAAUUACAAUCUAUGAUCAUAACUUCCAACAAAGAACGUGACGAUAUAAGAGGAAAAUAUCAAUUAUUAGAGUUAUAUUUAA